UCGUGUUUAAAUAAGAAACAACAAUAAGAAAGUCAUGCCCAAAAAAGUUGAAGAAAGUGCUUGGUCGGACAAUGAUGAAAUAGAGCAUGAAGAGAAUGAUAUUAAAAAAAAAAGAUGUUCCUUUUGUCAUAAAUUAUUGGGGCAGACAGAAGCAUCAAGGCACGAAAACUCAUGUAAAAUUGCAAAGAAAUGUAAUGUUUCUAGAGUCCUGUGCAAGAGUGGCAUAAAAAAAUUUGUGUGCGACAUAUGUUAUUCAACAUUUGAAUUUCUUAAAUCUCUAGUAGAACAUGAAAAAAGGCAUAUUCCCCCCGGAGGAUAUUACUGCAAUUACUGUGAUGAACGUUUUUGCACUGAUUGUGAUAAACAAAAACAUACAGAAAGUGCCCAUAAAGUUUAUAAAUGCCGGUUAUGUAAAAAUUUAUUUGAAACGAGCGAAAAAUAUAUUCAACAUAUCAAGUUGGACCAUAAUGGAAAACAAAACGAGUGGCUUCCAUGUGAAAAAUGUAGCAGAAUGUUUUCUUCUGUUAAAAUAUUACAGAGACAUAUAGAUUCAAAUUGUGGAAAGAAUAAGCAAUUCCAAUGUGAUCAAUGUCAUAAGUGUUUCACAACGAAAGGUAUUUUAAAAACCCACAUGUUAAUACACGAAGACAGAAAAGCUUUUGUUUGUCCAUAUUGCGGUAAAGGUUUUCACAAUAAAUAUCAAUUAAAAAGCCAUGAAAUUUCGCACACCGGAGAAAAACCUUGGAAAUGUAAUGUGUGUUUUGCCGAAUUUGCAUGGAAACAAUCACUAGUUACACAUUCAACCCUUCAUACUGGUGUAAAACCGUAUAUAUGCGAAUGUUGUGGGUCUAGAUUUAGUUGCACUAGUAAUAUAAUUGCGCACCGUAAAAAGCGACCUGAUACAUGCGGCCUUCCUCAAUAUUGUACAAAAUUGGCAAAAGUGACACCUCGCCCUAGUAUAUACAAUCCUGAAAUGUUGACAGCAGAUCUUCCUAUUAAAGUUAAAAAAAAUUUGAAAGUAGUAAAAGAAUCUGAUAAAGAAAAAUUUAAAAUAAAGUCAACAAAAAGGGCAAAAUCAGUUGAAGUUAACAAAGAUGAGGUGUCAAAAAUUAAAAAACCAAAAAAAUUAGACAUAUCGGAGAUUUCAAAUCAAGAAGCAUUAAAAGACAAGCAUGAUGACAAUAGUUUAAUUAACAAAUCUAAAGAUGAAGUUUUGGUGAAAUUCGAUAAUGAGGAGAGCAGAGAUGAUAAAGAAUCAGUUUCUGUUGGACAGGAAUUACAUAAAGCAGUUGACAAUAACUUGAAAAUUGAAGCAGAAAAUAUUAAAGUAGAAAAAGAGUCAGAGGAAAUAAUAUCAAAAAAUGAAGAAAGAAUAUCAAAUCAAAGGGAAGGUAGAGUUCUGACUAGUGUCUUAAAUGAUUUGUUUAAAGAUGAAGAAGUACAUAUAAAAGAUGAAUGUAAGAACUAUAGUAGUUGUGAUGAAAAUGUUUUUAGUGAGGAUGAAACCAAAGAAGAUUAUCCAAGUGAUAUAAACGAUAAAAGUCUUACUGAAUAUCCCAUAGAUAAUGGUAGGAAUAACGAUUCUAAAAAUGAUACUUUCCAAUUAAUCAAGAACCCAAAAGCUAUUAACGGUGAGUCCCUAGCUGCCAAAUGUGAUAAUAAGAACAAGGUAAUUUUGAAAAAAAAUUCAAAAACUGUGCUGACGGAGUUUAGGAGAAGGAGUGAGAGAUUAAAUGGUGCGCAUCUUAAUACUGUAGUUGAACCUAUGAAGAAAAAACGAGGUCGACGAAAAACUUUAAAAAGUUCGAGACCUAUUCCUCUUCGAAAAAAAACCGAUUUGAUAAAAUGUCCGUAUUGUGAUAGCACUGUUUAUAGAAAAUACUCUCUUAAGAAACAUUUAAAACGAAUUCACCAAAAAAGUGAAGAAGAAAUUUUUGUUGUGUUGGCGACAAUUGAAGAAAAAGGACCAAGUUUAGAUUGUGAUAUAUGCAAUAAAAAAUUCACAGGAAAAUUAUCUUUCGAAAAACAUUAUAAAUUACAUGGUGAAGAUAAAAGUUUGACUAUACCAUGUCACGACUGUUAUGGUCAGUGCUUUUUCCGCAGUAAAGAAGAACUGAAGCAGCAUGUAUGCAACGACCACAAUGAUCUAAAAUGCAAAGAAUGUAAUAAAACAUUUAAAUUAAAAAGUUCAUUUAAAGAACAUAUCCUACGGAUUCACAAAAAUAAGCCUAAUCCUCCAGAGCCAACUAUAACUUGUACUAAGUGUGGCAAACUUGUAAAGAAAUGUCUUCUUAGGGAUCAUGAGCGUUCGAAUUGUGGGCAAGAUUAUUUAUAUGAGUGUAAAAUUUGCUUGAAAAAAUUUUCAACUGCUGGUAUUUUAAAAGAGCAUACAAAAAUACACACUGGGGAACUAACUGCUUUUUGUAAGUUUUGUAAUAAAGGAUUUCGUAAUAAAUAUCAAUGCCAGCAACAUGAAAUGGUUCAUACUGGUGAAAAACCAUUUAAAUGUACAUAUGCUGGAUGUACUGCCGCCUUUGCUCACAGAAAUAAUAUGAUCAAUCACUUUUCACUACAUACAGGAUUAAGACGUUACAUGUGCAGUGGAUGUACAGAAAGAUUUUCUUGUAUUUCAAGUUUAAAAGCACAUUGGAGAACACAUGCCGAUUCUUGUGCUUUACAUCCUGAAAAUACUACAAAAGCACAAUUUAAAGUUAGUCUAAUUAAAGGACAAGUGGUUCAGUGUUAAAUUUAUUACGAUGUUAAUUAAGAUUAAUCAUUAUCAUUUAAAAUAAUUUUAAUAAACGUACAA